AUGUGUCUACAACCUCCAUAUGUGAAAAGAGGUUGCCCACUUCCCUUCUCAGUGCUUGAAAAGGUUUAUCACGUACUAUCACUGAAGCUCAUUAACUCUCAGACCAGCAACCGCUUCACCGGCAGAGUUCUCACUCGUCUCCACUUCUCUACACAACCAAACAUGAGGGUUCUGUUGGCCUGUGCUAUCGUGGCGCUGCUGCUGGGCGUGUGCUGUGGGGAGCCCGACGUGUCCUAUUACUCCUCCUUCAGCAACGGUAACGGAAGGAACGGCCACGGAAGAAACAUAGGCCGCCAUGGAGGCAACGUGGGAACCGGAGGCGGAUAUGGAGGCAAUGGAGGCAACAGAGGAUAUGGAGGGGGAUAUCGAAGCAACGGAGGAAACAACGGCCACAACGGAGGUAACAGAGGCUACGGCAGUCCCAGUAGUGGUUGGAGGUUCUAAUGGUGUUUUCAAUGGCGGCUACAACGGUAGAUAAAGUGGUUCGAAGGGCGGCUCCAACAGUCGCCCGUACAGCAAGUGAACCAAAGGACCAUAGAUGACAAACACAAGAAUGGUAGUUGAAAGGGAAGAACUACUGUGAACAUAAUUCUCUCUCUCUCUCUCUCUCUCUCUCUCUCUCUCUCUCUCUCUCUCUCUCUCUCUCUCUCUCUCUCUCUCUCUCUCUCUCUCUCUCUCUCUCUCUCUCUCUCUCUCUCUC